AUGGUUAAGGAAAUUAAAACUGAAGCAAAAGUAAGUGUUGGGAUUGAAGCCUUGUGGAAAGCUUUGGCAAAAGAUGUGGCAUUUGUGACAGAAAAAGUCAUCCCAAAUUUGGUCAAGAAUGCCGAAGUGAUAGAAGGAGAUGGUGGCAUUGGCACAGUCUUCCUCUUCAAUUUUGGUUCCGAUGUACCAAAGAUGAGUUAUCAGAAGGAAAAGAUUGUGGAGCUUGAUGAGGCUGUGCAUAAAAUUGGGCUGCAAGUCAUUGAAGGAGGACACUUGAACUUUGGGUUUUCUUCAUACAAAACAACCUUCCAACUCACUCGAAUUCAGGAAGAGGAGACCAUGGUCAGUGUUGAGGUCACAUAUGAGUCUCAAGUGGAAGAUAGUAGCAUGCCAUCAAAGACAGCAAAGUCUGUUUUAGCAUUCAUAAGGAGCUUAGAAUGUUAUUUGUUGAAUGGUGCUAUCUAGAAUUUUGAUAUUGUUUUUGUUUGAAUGCACCAUGAGAUGAGUCCUAGUCAACUCAU